UGCGCAUUGUCAUACUUUCAGAUACUUGUGUAUCUAGUAUUGUAAAAUGUGAUUUGCACAUUAAAAUAUUGAACAUCGCAUAGUUAUGAGAUUUUAAUUAAAGUGACAACGUUUGUAAUUAUGGCAAUGACUGAUCAAGAUGCGAAUAAUAAUAACCUCCCUUUAAGGGAAAAUUUAGUAAAAACUGCUGUGGAAUUUUUACAAAAUCCUAAGGUAGCUAGUAGUCCUAUAGGUCGUAAACAGGAAUUUCUUAGAAAAAAGGGUUUGACAGAGGAGGAAAUACAAACUGCUUUUAAAUUAGCUUCUGUUGAUACAACAGCUGAUCAAAAUGUUAUUCGUAAAUCAAAAGAUUAUACUGUAAUUCCUAUACCACCAGGUCAAGUCUAUCCAUAUUUUCAAACAUAUCCAUAUCAAAUAACUCAUUUUCAAAAAAUCAAAGAGUUCUUUAAUGCUACCGCUUUAAUUGGAGCUACAAUAUAUUGUGUUCAUUGGUUUUAUAAGAAAUUUAUUGAACCAUUUUUAUUUGGCCGAAAGAAAAAAAAUACCAUUAAAGAUUCAGUCUCUGAAUUAGAUAAAACUAUUCAAAAUUCUAUGAAAGAAGUAAAACAGUCAAUUUCAAAAGUAGAAGAUGAUGUACAAAAGUUAACACAAAACCAAUCCAUUGAUCCAAUGGUACCCCAGUUGGUACAAGAACUAAAACAAGAUUUAGCUAGUCUUAAAUCCUUACUUUUAUCAAGAAAGCAAUUUCCAAGUGCACCAGCAUCUAUACCAUCAUGGCAGUUAGAUGUUACUGGUACAAAUCAGGAAAAACCUAGUGAAGGAGAAGAUGAUGCUGGAAGUGGAACUAGUGCUAAUAAUUCAGAUAGUUCUUUGGAAAUGAUCCGUGAAGAUCCACCUAAAGAGUAAAAUGAAAAUAUUUCAUAAACAUUCACUUCCAUCAUAACAGUCUUCGAUAUACAGGAUAUUCUGUGAUGUAUAUCCAAAUAUAAUGGCGGAAACGGGUGUUUCCAAAUCACGUGUAAUAUAUAUUGAAAAUCGAGUGUUACUAAUCUUAUGUUCAAUUUGUCCAAUUAAAUUCUAUUUUAUUUCCCCCGUACUGUAAAAUG